CCUGUGCAGCCAAUGGCACUCAGCGAGGUGGCUGCAUGUGGUGGCGCGGACCCAGCGCCCGGGCUGGAAGGAGAGGAGGAGGCAGCAGGCUCUGCUCGCUCCGGUCUCCCGCUGCCCGGUUCCGGGCACUCCUCCUGCCAGCGGCAGCCUGACACUCGCUGCCCUCUCAGAGCUGCCCCUCGGUCCCUCUCACCCGCCGGUACCUGCAGCAUGGACUCGGACUCCGGGGAACUCAGCGAAGGCGAGCUGGUCUUACCCGCAGGUCCUGAUGGCUUCAGUUCCAAGAACCUUGCACUGCAAGCCCAGAAGAAGAUCCUGAGUAAAAUGGCAACAAAAACGAUGGCUAACAUGCUGAUUGAUGACACAAGCAGUGAAAUCUUUGAUGAGCUGUACAAAGUAACAAAGGAACACACAAGAAACAAAAAGGAAGCUCAUAAAAUUAUGAAAGACCUGAUUAAAGUGGCAAUAAAAAUUGGGAUCCUGUAUCGAAAUAAUCAGUUUAACCAAGAAGAGCUAGAAAUUGUAGACAAGUUCAGGAAGAAGCUGAACCAAACUGCCAUGACAAUUGUCAGUUUCUAUGAGGUAGAAUACACUUUUGACAGAAAUGUUCUGGCAGAACUUCUGCAUGAAUGUAAAGACCUCGUGCACGAACUCGUAGAUCGACACCUGACCCCGAGGUCCCAUGGGCGCAUCAACCACGUCUUCAACCACUUUGCAAAUGUGGAAUUUCUAACUGCCCUCUACAGUCUUGAUGGGGACUGUCGGCCAUACCUCAAAAAGAUCUGUGAUGGCAUCAACAAACUACUUGAUGAGAAGGUCCUUUGAAACUACGCUCAAAAACCAAGAAGCCAACCAAAAACUUCUCCCCAGAACUGGACACACUUCAUGAGCAAGUGAGCUCCCUUCCCACUGGUCUCUUACUACAGGCUCCAGCAGGGUCCAGAAGGUGCUCACCAGGUUCAUGAAGUAGAAAACUUGCAUCAGAAAGCGAUCAGUUUUAGUAUUUUGUUUAGAUAAUUCGGUCUUUUCCAAGGAGCAAAGUGAACAAGGACACAUUUUUACUGCUCAGAAACAGAUUGCUAUACGCUAUGACCCUCCUAGCUCUGUGUGCAAGGCUGAACGUGUGAAAAGAAAGUAAACUCAAAUGCACAGCUAUGUAAAAUUAAAGAGGUGAAGGCAAAAGAUUAAUGCAUGGAACUUCCCUCAGGCUGUCCUUGGUGCAUAUGUUUUUAUUAUUCCCAUGCAAACUGAAAAAGCAUAGACAGAAAGUAUGGCUGUGGUGGAUUCAGCUCACUCCUUUCAGAAGCAUCAGGAAUCAAUAUGAGGUGGCAUCUCUGAUUUUGCAUAGUAUUUAAUUCCAGUAGUUGAAAAACAAUGCAAACGGAAUAGAAGUGGAAGAAAAUCUAAAGAGCUGCUCUGAAGCACUAUUUUCACUAGAGAGCUUUGGUUUAUAGAGAAUAAUUUGGGUUGAAAGGGACCUCAAAAGUCAUAUAGUCCAACCCACCUGCAGUAAGCAGGGACACCCUCAACUAGGGUGUUUAUACCUGGCUAACAGCAGAGAAGGUUUCACUUUAAUUUUGUAAAACAACUCAGUGGUUCAAGCUCAAAGGUAACCAGAAAACUAGAUAAAAGUAGUGCAUCAGCUUCCCCUCUCUCAGAGGUGUAUUUGGUAGCAUUGGACAAGUUCAGGCUGCUGCUCUUUGUGGUUCUGCUGUUCUCCCUGAGGAACAGCAUGACUGAGACACCAACAGAGCUGCAAAGCAGUGUUUACAUCUCCAGCUCUCAAAAUACUCAGUGUAGAUUAAAGUCUCACUUGUACAUGUCCUUGAUGUUAAUUUGUGCCUACAGUAAAACAGAGAUGUGAUAAAAAGGAACCCAAUCUGCUAAGCUUGUGGUGCCAUCUAAGUGUCAUAUAGCCACAGCAGUUUCCAGAGAACAGUCUCACUCUGAUGAGCUACUUUUCAGUGUUUUCAGUGAUUUUUUUUUUUCUUUUUUAAACAAAAUGCACUGAUGUCUUCAAAUUGAAAACGUUUUGGAACAAAAUACUGGUUUCUGUCAGGAUUAAGGGAGAAAGGGAGCAGAUCAGAUAUGCUAGCUUGCCACUUGCAGAAGGUGCUAAGUGACCCUAAGUAAAGGAAUUAUGUUUGGAAAUCUCUCCUCCCCUUACCCUCUACAUCUUAUCCUCCAGACUCAACUCUACAUAUUGACACUCCAGUAUCAGGUACUAUCUCCUUCUAGUUGACACAGAUAGCAGACAAACCCAUUAUCUGGAGGCCACACCUUCCAUAUCACAUAUAUAUAACAGAGAUGCACGUAUUUGAAAAUCAACAGACAAGAAGAUUUAUUUUAAGAGCCAUUUCUUUCUACAGAAUACCUACAGUGUUGAUCACCCAUUACUUUAUGAUAAGAAAAAUUAAUGUUUCUCAUUUAAACUCUUAAAUACUAUGGUGGCAGAGAAAACUUGUUCAAAAUUUUGUUACUAUUGUUUGCUCUUUUCUUGCACCAAAAUAACUAUGUUGUAUCCCUUACAAGGACAAUUUUGAAUAUCAUACCUUCAUUCAUUUUGAAUACAUAUUCCUAGUUCACACAUCCACUAGGGUUGUGCUAGAUGGAUUUUGUGUCCCAGAACUAAUCUUGGAGCACAGUACAAAUGGCAGCACAAGACAUUACCACAUCAGUUUGCAACAAUAUUGUUUUCCCCACUUAUUUCCUUUAAUUCUAAAACAAAUAUUUAGCAGCACAGAAGAUGGACAAUUCCUUUGUAGCACAGCAUAGUAACGAGACAUCAACACUUCAGGUUGCAAGUUUAGCCAUUUGCAGAGCUGUAUCUACAUGCACCAUUAGCUGCAUUUUUUCCAAGCACGUAUGUGUCAAUUGAUGCUUUUGAACAGCAUUUAUGGUAUCCAACACUUCUGUCCCAGGGCACACGUCUGAUUUUGGGUGUUUGUUUCACUUGUGGCAAACAAAUUUUUUUUUUUAAGCCAUAAAAAGAUUAUUCAACAUUUAAGAUGUCCAAAGGAAAGGGAUAUCCUGUAUCUGUGACCUUCUUGUGUGUUGCAAGUAUCAAUAUUCAGAUUCUGAUAUCUUAGACAAACCAGCUGAACAUCUGUUGUUUUCUUUAUAAAUCUGAGUAGCCUUAAGGAACACAAAUGUUUUCAAGUAUUUCUCAUACUUGCAUAUCCUGUAUAUUCAUUGUUUACUUUUGUACUUGUAGCCUGGUAUGUAAUGACACUGCCAAAAUAUGGGCAAUGUUCAGGUCACUUAAGUAUAUGAUGUAUUAUCAUAUUUGUGGAUUAAAAAUGUGUGAUCACU